AUGCCGCAAAACACUACUACUUAUAUUAUACAGGGUCCGGCAUCAGAAUUGAACGGUUUUGAAAAGGCUGCUAUGGAAAUACUAUUGAUUUGGUAUAUGUCAAAUAGUGACAGACUUAUACCUUAUUUUCAAAGGUUUCGUGUGCAAUGGCAAACUGGCCGAUUAAUCAAGGGAUCUGCAGUAAAUUCUUGUAUCCUGACCCAGUCCUUCGUACAAACGCAGAGAUGCUUUUGUCGUAAAUAUAAUUUGCCAGUGCGCUCGGAAGUCCCAUCAAGAAAUGCCAUUUUGAGAUGGGUAAGAGAUUUUAACGAAAAAAGUAGUGUAAAAUUUAAAUUCGACGGUGGAACUCGUACACAAGAAAAUAUUGGGAGAGUCAGAGAAGCGUUUGAGCGCAGUCCACGACGUUCUGUAGUUCGGUACUCGAUUGCUCUACACAUUUCAGACCGAAGUUUGCAAACAAUUUUACAUCUGGAUUUAAAACUCCAUCUGUACAAGAUACAGACAGUCCAGAGGCUAAAUCCCAUUGAUAAAGUCAAUCCACUCGAUUUCUGCACACAAUUUUUAGAGACAAUGAACAACAAUGCAGAAAUCCUUAACUAUUUGACAUAUCAAAUCAACAUGUAG